GCCGCGCGUGUUUACAUCCGGCACGGGCGCGCCGCCGCCGCCGCCGCCUGGGUCGUUCGGCCCGGGUCCGAGCUGUCCGCGCCAUGGACACCAGCGAUCUCUUCGCCAGCUGCAGGAAGGGGGAUGUGGGCCGAGUGCGGUACCUGCUGGAGCAGCGAGACGUGGAGGUGAAUGUACGGGACAAGUGGGACAGCACCCCCUUGUACUACGCCUGCCUUUGUGGGCACGAGGAGCUGGUGCUCUACCUUCUGGCCAAUGGAGCCCGCUGCGAAGCCAACACCUUCGAUGGCGAGCGCUGCCUCUAUGGGGCUCUGAGUGACGCCAUCCGCCGGGCCUUGCGAGACUACAAGCAAGUGACAGCCUCCUGCAGGAGGCGGGACUACUAUGAUGACUUCCUGCAGCGGCUUCUGGAGCAGGGCAUCCAUAGCGACGUGGUCUUCGUGGUGCACGGGAAGCCCUUCCGGGCACAUCGCUGCAUCCUAGGUGCACGAAGUGCCUACUUUGCUAACAUGCUGGACACCAAGUGGAAGGGCAAGAGCGUCGUGGUCCUCAGGCACCCUCUGAUAAACCCCGUGGCCUUUGGGGCCUUGCUGCAGUACCUGUACACAGGCCGUCUGGACAUUGGCGUGGAGCACGUUAGUGACUGUGAGCGCCUAGCCAAGCAGUGCCAGCUGGGGGACCUGCUCAGUGACUUGGAGGCCAAGUGUGAGAAGGUGUCCGAGUUCGUGGCGUCCAAGCCAGGCACAUGUGUGAAGGUGCUGACCAUCGAGCCCCUGCCGGCAGACCCUCGGCUCCGGGAGGACAUGGCCCUGCUGGCCGACUGUGCCCUGCCCCCUGAGCUCCGUGGUGACCUCGGGGAGCUGCCCUUCCCUUGCCCCGAUGGCUUCAACAGCUGUCCUGACGUCUGCUUCCGGGUGGAUGGCUGCAGCUUUCUCUGCCACAAGGCCUUCUUCUGCGGCCGCAGUGACUACUUCCGGGCCCUGCUGGAUGACCACUUCCGGGAGAACGAGCAGCUGGAGGCCUCAGGUGGCCUCCCAGCCAUCACCCUGCACGGCAUCUCGCCCGAUGUCUUCACCCACGUGCUCUACUACAUAUACAGUGACCACACGGAGCUGCCUCCUGAGGCGGCCUACGAUGUGCUGAGUGUGGCUGACAUGUACCUGCUGCCAGGCCUGAAACGGCUGUGCGGCCGCAGCCUGGCCCAGCUGCUGGACGAGGAUAGCGUGGUGGGAGUGUGGCGUGUGGCCAAGCUGUUCCGCCUGGCGCGCCUCGAGGACCAGUGCACUGAGUACAUGGCCAAGGUCAUUGAGAAGCUGGUGGAGCGAGAGGAUUUCGCGGAGGCGGUGAAGGAGGAGGCAGCAGCCGUGGCGGCCCGACAGGAGACAGACUCCAUCCCCCUGGUGGAUGACAUCCGCUUCCACGUGGCCAGCACGGUGCAGACCUACAGUGCCAUCGAGGAGGCGCAGCAGCGGCUCCGGGCCCUCGAGGACCUGCUGGUGUCCAUCGGCCUGGACUGCUGACCACCGCCAGGCCAGGGGCUCCCUGUGGAUGGCACAUGUGGUCGACUGUGUGCCCAGCUGUUCUCUUUGCUCCUUGUACCCAUGAGGAGGGGCUCAUGGGGCUCCCCUCCCCUGGUGUGCCUGGGGGCCCUGGGGAGGGUUACCUUGGGGUGAGCCACCUUCCCCAGGGCACAAACCAGCCCCCAAGGCUCUGGGGCUGGGCACCACUCAGGGAAACCUGGGGCAGGGGUCUCUUAGGGCCUCCCUCCCCCAGCACCCCUCCCCACCCUGUCUCCUGGCCCCAGCUUGCCUUGCCUCCCGGAGCUGAGCCGACCAGGAGGGAGCAGGAGGGUCUGCAUGUGGCAAUAAAGCUUGAGUUUACUGUG